AUGUCUGUCUUCAAUGGCAGUCAUUAUCAGCCACCCUUCUUCCUUCUUUCAGGAAUCCCAGGGCUGGAGGAUGCUCAUUUCUGGCUCUCCAUCCCAUUGAGCAUAAUGUAUGUGAUUUCUAUCCUGGGGAACAGCAUCAUUAUUCACAUAAUACACAAGAAUCCCAGCCUUCAUGAGCCUCAAUAUGUAUUCUUGUCCAUGUUGGCAGCCUCCGAUACAGGUGUGUCAGCAUCUACACUACCCACAGUACUUAAUGUAUUUCUUCUCAACCACCAAGAAAUCGAGUUUCAUUGCUGCCUGGCCCAGAUGUCCUUCAUCCACACUUUCUCUUCCAUGGAGUCUGCCAUCCUGCUGGCUAUGGCCUUUGACCGCUUUGUGGCCAUACACAACCCACUGCGCUACACUGUGAUCCUCAGCCAGUCCCGCAUUACUCGGAUAGGAUUGGCUGCUCUGGUUCGGGGAGUAGCUCUGAUGGCCCCCUUGCCCAUCCUGCUCAAAAGGCUCCCCUUUUGUAAGAACAUCAUCUUAUCCCACUCAUUCUGCUUCCACCCUGAUGUGAUGAAGCUAGCUUGUGGGUCUAUUCGUGUCAAUAUAAUCUAUGGGUUGGCUUUGGUCCUUUGCUCCUUUGGUGUUGACUCUGUCUUUAUUGUUAUGUCUUAUGCGCUGAUCUUGAAGAUGGUCCUGGGCAUUACGUCUGGGGAGGGACGUCUUAAGGCACUCAACACUUAUGUUUCCCAUAUUCUCACUGUCCUUAUUUUCUAUGUCCCACUUAUUGCCUUAGCCCUAAUCCACAGGAUAGGUAGGUACCAUUCCCUUCUCCCCCAUGUGAUCAUGUCCAAUAUUAUUCUUAUCCUCACACCAGUCCUCAACCCAUUGGUUUAUAGUAUGAAAACAAAACAGAUUAGAAGUGUGCUGUGUAGACUGUUUGCACCUAAGGUAAAAUGA